GUCAUUGUCGUCGGAGCAGGACCGUCAGGACUGCUCUUGUCAUUACUGCUCAUCCGAGCUGGUAUAAAGGUCCAACUUCUAGAUGCUGCUCCUACAUUAGACGAUCAGCCUCGUGCAGCACACUAUGGACCUCCAGCGAUUCCAGAUCUUCGACGAGCAGGGAUCCUGGAUAAGAUCAAAUCUCAAGGCUUGACACUCAACACCAUGUGUUGGCGAAAGCUUGACCAGACAUACAUCGCAGGUAUGGACUUCAGCGAGACUCUGUCGAACGAUCCCGAAUAUGGUGAUGUGAGAACCGUCAGCCUGGCUCUACAGACACUGGACGCCUUGAUGUUGGAAGAGUUCGAGAAAGAGGGUGGCCAAGUCAGCUGGAAGCAUAGUGUUUUGGAUGUUCAGCAAGACGGAUCGAAAGCCUGGGUAAAGGUCCAGACGCCAACUGAGAAGGAAAAGACCAUCGAAGCGGAUUAUGUCGUGGGAUGUGAUGGCGCGAACAGUGUCGUCAGAAAGAGUCUGUUUGGAGAGGAAGGCUUUCCAGGAUUCACAUGGAAUCAGAAGCAGAUCGUUGCGACAAAUGUGAGUGGUUCAUCUAUGGUCAGGGAACUCUUGUUGACCAAAGCUGUACAGACGUACUAUGAUUUCCGCAAAUUCGGCUACCUUGAUGCGAACUUCAUUAUAGAUCGCGAUCAUCUAUACAUGGCAGCUAUCAUCGAUGACAAAGGAUUGUGGCGCGUAACAUACGGUGAAGAGCCUGGUUUGACGCGCGAACAACUGCUCGAACGUCAGCCCAAAAAGUUCGAAACCAUCCUACCAGGAAACCCAAAGCCUGGCGAUUAUGAGAUGGUGAACUUCUCGCCGUAUCGCAUGCACCAGAGAGUAGCCGACAAGUUCAGAGUCGGAAGAGUCAUGUUGGCAGCAGAUGCGGCACAUGUCUGCAAUCCUNUUUUGCGCAGUGGUGGUCUUGGAAUUACUGGCGGCUUCGUGGAUGUUGGCUGUCUGUACGACUGUUUGUAUGGCAUUUGGACGCAUCAAGCCGACGAUUCAAUCCUGGACUUGUAUUCGGAAGUGCGACGACAAAAGUAUAAGGAGAUCAUCGAUCCAAUCUCGACGGAAAACUUCAAACGUGUCUUCGAUCAAGAUCCGGAAGUCGCGGGUGAGAAAGACCACUUCCUAGCAUCCUUUGGUAUCCGUCAUGAUUUCACUCAAUACUACCGUAAGGACAAAGGCAAGGGUCCUAUCAUUGAUGAUGCGAAGUCGGAUUUUAGCGUUGAACACAUUGAGGAGAUUGCGCCAACAGGAGUGGACUGA